CAGAUCAUCAUCAUCAUCCAUCAACCUCUGCUUUGAGCACUGAGCUGCUCCUCCGCCACCACACGCUGCCAGGUCGCACACCCAGCUGCAGUCGGUCUCGUUCCAGCACUUCGUGAUCUGUUUGGCAUGUUUUAAAGUCAGUUGGGCCAAACGCCUGUCCUCCUGUGGCCGCCUCUGUGUUGAUCACUAACAUCCAUGUCAUCCACUUUUUGUUUUGAAAAGAUAAAAAAACCCAACAACAGAUAAUAGUACUUAUUAUAUUAUAAUUAUAGAAUAAAAAGCGACGGGGACAUGACCCCAGGGUAAAUGACCCCUAUGCUCAUAUCAUGAAAUCACCAGUACUUGGCCCAUGGUAAGGGGCUUGUGCUCGGUUGUACAUGUCAGGUCGUUUAAAUGAUACAUUACUUUCCCAUAGGCUCAUCCUAAUGAAAGUGAUGUUCGCCAUUUGGAAAUGUAUCAAGUCGCCAGUUGAAUGAUUGCAGAGUACAGACAACUUUUUCCCUCUAAACCACAGAGAAGUAGAAAUGGCGAAUAGAAGAAAAAACAAAACAGCGACACAAUAGCUGUCACCUCCUGAGACUGUUUGACUGUGGGAACCUUUCAUCAGCUGCACGUUCAGUGAGUAGGAAAAAAAGAAAAAGAAAAAAAAGCUGACUUGCCAAGAUCAGCUAGACAAGGAGCAAAGAGUGAGAGUUCACGACUCUGCACUUGAGUCAUGCGGGUUGAGUGUGUGUGUGUGUGUGUGUGUUGAGUGGGCGUGGCCUCGCGGCGCAGGGCGAAGGUGCGCUCCGCUCGCUGCGCCACACCACCGCGACUCUCCACUGCGCCGGGCCGCUGCUCUGGGCCGUGUCACUCCGAGGAAAAGGGAACAACAAAGAAAAAAAAAAAAAAAAAAUGACGAGCCUGGAUCCCCUGAAAUCCGUCAUUUCCCUCGGGAACGUGGACGACACCUCGCUGGCCCUGCCGUCCGGGAACCAGAGCAGGUCCGGCCACCAGCGCGUCCUGGAGCAAGUGCAGACGAUGAGGAGAAGCAGGUCGAGGCACUCGAGCAGCGGCAGGAGCGCGUCCAGCGGCGGCAGGAGCGCGUCCACCUCCAUGUCCCCGACCAGCCCUUUGUACGACCCCGUGUUCCUGGAGCCUUUCAAGUCUCAGUCGGACGCGGCUAAUGGAAGUGUUUUCGUCGGCAAUGGCGUGUCUAAAACCCUCAACGCUGAGAAGAGCGUGAAGAGGCAAGUCGUCAUCAACUGCAAGGAAUCUGCCGUCGAGAGGAAUCCAGCAGCCGCUGCCUACCACAACGGGAGGAGUUACACCGUGACUGCCGGUCAAACCAAAACCAGCCGCAGCGAGCCCGACUUGGCGUGGCAGCGCUCGCCGUCCAAGCGCUCCGUUCCCCUGCGGGGAUUCGUCUCCGGCAAGGGCACCAACAGGGCAGAAAGGACCACCAGUCAGAUUAUCACCUCCACAUGGAAAACUCUGCCCAACCGGGGCCAAGAGAGCCAAACCGAUGGCGCUUUCAAAGCGCUUUCAAAGCUUUCGGUCGCCGAGGGUACGUCCAAGAACAAAGUACAUUCUGGAACAAACGGCCACAGUGGAGUUGCAGAUAUCACUAUGAAGGAGGCUGUGGAGUAUCUGUCCAACAGCGGCGACACGUUUCAGCACUGUGGCGCGUCCUACAUCCAGCACAACACUUUCAUUGACGACAAGGCUAAAGAGGAGGUGUUGAAGCUCAACGGGAUCCCUCCUCUGGUGGCUCUGCUGCGCAGCCCCAAGUCGCAGGUCUGCCAAACGGCCUCCGCUGCCCUCCGUAACCUGUCCUUCAAAAGCAACAGUACCAAGGAGGCCAUACAUCGCAGGGGCGGCAUCACGGAGGCCGUGGCCCUGCUCAGAGACACGGAUUCUGUCGAGCUGCAGAAACAGCUGACAGGUCUCCUGUGGAACUUGUCCUCUGCGAACGAGCUGAAGCCCGACCUGCUGAAGAGUGCCUUGCCGGUCUUGAUGGAGCGCGUGAUCCUGCCUUACACUACAGGUCCCGACCGGACCGACAGUAACAGCCAAGACCCUGAGAUCUUGUUUCACGCCACCGGAUGUCUAAGAAACCUGAGCAGCGCCAACCAAAACAACAGGCAGGUGAUGAGAAAAUGCCGAGGCUUGGUCGACUCGUUGGUCAGUUACGUGACCGACUGCGUGGAAGCGGGACGACCCGAUGACAAGUCUGUAGAAAACUGCGUGUGCGUCCUGCACAACCUGACGUUUCAGCUGGAGGCCGAGGCGCCGACUCUGUUCAGCAGGAUCACGGCUCUGGCCAGGACCGUCGACAGGAGCCAAAGCCACGACGACGUCGGCCCCAUCAGCUGCUUCAGUCCGCAGAGCAAAUCGGCAGAACACGAGGAUCACUUUGACUACCCGGUGGUCGAGGAUCCGCAGCCCAGCGGGGCGGGCUGGCUGUUCCACUCCAAAACUCUGGAGAGUUACCUGAAUCUGCUCGCCUCCAGCCAGCGAGACGACACGCUGGAAGCCUGUUUUGGAACGCUGCAGAACCUCACGGGGCACGGAGGCGUCGUCUCCAGAGUAAUGAGCCAGACCAUUGUGCACAAGCUGAAUGGCCUGCAGGUUAUAACCCCGCAUUUGAAGUCCAACAAGAUCGUCUUACAGAGGAAUGCUGUGGCUUUGGUGGGAAACUUGACCAAGAACCCAGGCCUGCACAGUCCCAUAGCCCGUAAAGCUCUGCCAGAGCUGGUGAACAUCAUCACCGCAGGCAGCGGUGUGGGGUACGAGUGCGACGACACUCUGUCCAUGGCCUGUCGUACCGCCAACAGCCUGUUCGUGAAGGAGCCGGAGGCGGGCAAACGGCUGCUGAACAUCACCCUGAUGAACGCACUGAAAAAUCUCAGCCAAAGCGACAAUCGGCCCAAAUCCCGCAAAGAGGCGUCGCUGCUUCUCUGCUCCCUGUGGUCGGACAAAGAUUUACAAAGCUUCAUGAAGAAGCAAGGGAUCAGAAAGUCCUCGUUCGUGAACGACCUCACCUUGUCGGCACUGAAGUCGGUCCAAGUUGUCAAGUGAACACCUGAAUCUCUGAGCGGCUCUUCUCCCCCCUCCCCCCCUGAAGCAACUCCUCUGCACAUUCACACAACAUGGACACGCACUGAGGCCGAGCAGCAUCCUCUCUCAUUUCACAGAGACUUGCGGUUGCAGUACAGUACUACUUAUGCCUCCGUCAACCAAAUGAUUACGCAAACCUGUAUACGCUGCGAGGUGACCCACAAAGGUGAAGGUUGACUGCCUUUUUUUUUUUUUGCCUUUCUUAUUUUCUAAGUCUUAACUGUGGAAUAAUCGUACUUAAUCAGACGACAACAAUAACAUAUGGGAUAUGACUUUAUUUUGCACAUAAAUUGUUGUUUUAAUCUUGCGACACGAGAUUGUAAAAUCAUAAAAUAGAUAAGGAGCAUUCCUGCUAUGACAGUUCAUGAGACGGCCACGAGAGCGGCGAUGUGUGUUUACACUUUAUAAAGAUAAUUCUUAUUGGUGGUGUUAUGUAUUUUCAUAUGGGGGUGUGUGUGUGUGUGUGUGUGUGUGUGUGUGUGAUUGUAAAAUGAUGGAUUGGAUUUUCCCAAUAAAGCAAAAAGAAAUCUA